AUGGGCUUCGAUGCCGACGACGAGAGACACGAGGCUACGCGGGUGUUCAAGGGCUGCCGGAAGCGAAGUCCGACCUUCGACUCCUGCGUCAUGAAGGGGCUCAACUCCAUCCAGCACCUCUUCAAGCGAGGGAUACCGGAGUUGAAUGUGGCGCCGUUCGACCCGCACCACGCGCUGGAGGUGCUGCAGCGCCGCGGCGGCCCCAGCCUCAACUACCGCCUCCGGCUGAUCGACGUGGAGGAGUACGGCUGGUCGCGCUCAUUUGUCGACCGCUUCAAGUCGGAUCUGGACAGCAACCGCAUCGAGUAUUCGCAGUACUUCCCUGAGAAGUGGUUGAAGGGCGAGUACGAAAUGGACGGGCUCAUGCUGCAAUACCCCAUGCACAACCGAGGCGUCUGGAACAUCACUCUGUACAAGACCCACGGCAGAUUCCAAUACUUCAGUAAAAAUGUUUUUAUAUGA